GAAAGGAGGAGCGAGUGCUUCUCUCUUUAAAUUCCAAGCUUGCCCUCUAGGCUCUGAGUUCCUGCCCCUGUCCAUUCUCACUCUACAGCUCCCCAGGCUCACUCACCAAGUAUAGGGCUCAAGAUACCAAGAGAAAGAGUAGUAGAGGGAAGGGAACAAGAACAGAAGGGGAUUUGGAUUUUGCAGGCAUUGCUGGGUUGCUUGCAGCUAGUAGUCUAGUAGCGCAAGAGCCAAUAAAAAUUGGAAGGCGAGCAAAACACGAAAAUAGUGCAGCAGCCGCAGCAGCGAGACGCGCCUUCUCCCCAUCCCUCCCACCUUUUCGGUUUGCCACCCGCCCCUCGCGAAAAGAUCCAGCAAAAUAACCAUGGACAUGACGGCCGCGUGACGCCAUGUCGGCCGAGGAGGGCGCGUCGGCGUCGGCGUCGGGGCCGGCGGAGGCGCCGGUGGCGGCGGCAAUGGGGGCAGAGGAGGCAGCGGCGAGGAAGCGAUACGAGUCGCUGGUGCAGGUUCGUGCCAAGGCCGUGAAGGGGAAGGGCGCCUGGUACUGGGCGCACCUGGAGCCCGUGCUCGUACCGCCGCCGGGCUCCGGGGUGCCGCCCAAGAUGGCGAGGCUGCGCUGCGCGCUGUGCUCCGCCACGUUCUCUGCGUCCAACCCGUCGCGCACCGCCUCGGAGCACCUCAAGCGCGGCGCAUGCCCCAACUUCGCGGCGCCGCUGGCGGCGGCGCCCGUAGCGACGUCGACGCAGCAGCUGGCGUUGACCGUGGAGGCGGCGUCGUCCGUCAUGCCUAUCUCGUCCUUCCCACCGUCGUCGCAGCGCCGGCACUCCACCGGCGGUGGUGGCAGUGGGCGCAAGCGCCACGCGCUGGCCGCAGCGUACGCCGCCGUGGAGGUGGCGCCGGCCCCCUCGCACCACGUGGUGGUCGGCGAGCCGGCCGUGUACUCCACGCCACCCACGCCACCGGCGCUGCCCGCGCCGCGGCAGGUGCUCUCGGGGGGCAGGGGCGACCUGGGCGCGCUUGCCCGGCUGGAGGAGAGCGUCAAGCGGCUCAAGUCACCCGUGGCGUCGCCGGGGGCGAUGCUUCCGCGGCAGCAGGCUGAGGCGGCCCUCGCGCUGCUUGCCGACUGGUUUCUUGAGUCGUCCGGCAGCGUGUCCCUCACCGCGGCGGAGCACCCGAAGCUCAGAGCUUUCUUGCACCAGGUCGGUCUGCCGGACCUGUCGCGCGCCGAGCUCACCAGCGCGCGUCUCGACGCGCGCUUCGCUGAGGCCCGCGCCGACGUCGCCGCGCGCGUCCGGGACGCGUGGUUCUUCCAGCUCGCGGCGGACGGCUGGCACGAACAGGUGGUCACUGUCUCCGUCAACCUCCCCAGCGGCACGUCCGUCUUCCAUCGAUCCGUGCCUAUGCCGGCACCGGCGUCGUCCGACUACGCCGAGGAGGUGCUGCUGGACGCAGUCUCGUCCAUCUCCGCCUCCGGCGAUGUCCACCAUUGCGCCGGCGUUGUCGCUGACCGGUUCAGCUCGAAGGCUCUGCGUGAUCUCGAGAGCAAGAACCCGUGGAUGGUGAACCUUUGUUGCCAAGUCCAUGGCUUGUCACGCUUAGCAAAUGACUUGGCGCGCGAGCUCCCCCUCUUCCACUCCGCCGCCGCCAAUUGCGCCAAGAUUGCCGCGUACUUCAACACCACUUCCGCCGUGCGCGCUCUGCUGCAAAAGCAUCAAGUCCAGGAGCAUGGCCACGCUGUGCUCCUCCGCGUCGCUGCUCCACCAUUAGAUGACAGCAGCAAAUUCAGCGCAGCAUUUGCGAUGCUCGAAGACGUCCUGACCUCGGCACGGCCGCUGCAGCUCGCCGUGCUCGAGGACCCCUACAAGCUCCUCUGCAUUGACGACUCUGGUGCUAGGGAGAUCGGUGUCAUGGUGCAGAACCGGGCGUUCUGGACCGAGGUCGAAGCGGCGCAUUCGCUCGUCAAGCUGAUCAUGGACAUGGUGAAGGAGAUGGAGACCGAGCGGCCGCUGAUCGGCCAAUGCCUCCCACUUUGGGAGGAUGUACGUGGUAAGGUCAGAGGAUGGUGCCGCAAAUUCAACAUCGACGAAGGCAUCGCCAUGAACGUGCUCGAGAGGAGGUUUAGGAAGAGUUACCACCCGGCGUGGUCGGCGGCAUUCAUCCUGGACCCGUUGUAUCUGGUCAAGGACGCCAGCGGGAGGUACCUCCCGCCGUUCAAGUACUUGUCGCCGGAGCAAGAGAAAGACGUGGACAUGCUGAUCACACGGCUGGUGUCGCGGGAGGAGGCGCACCUUGCUAUGAUGGAGCUGAUGAAAUGGCGGUCCGAGGGGCUGGACCCGUUGUACGCGCAGGCGGUGCAGGUCCGGCAGCCCGACCCCGCCACGGGGAAGAUGAAGGUCGCCAACAAGCAGGGCAGCCGGCUUGUCUGGGAGACAUGCCUCAGUGAGCUCAAGUCGCUCGGCAAAGUGGCGGUGAGGCUCGUCUUCCUCCACGCGACCGCACGGGGGUUCAGGUGCACGCCGACGAUGGCACGCUGGCUGAGCGCUCCGGGAAGCUCUGCCGGCAGCAUUGGCCGUGCACAACGGCUAGUGUUCAUCGCGGCCAAUUCGAAGCUGGAGAGGAAGGAUUUCUCCAACGACGACGACAAGGACGUGGAGUUGCUCACAGAAGGAGACGAUGACAUGCUGACUGAUCAGGCUGCCAAUGUGGAUCCCUCUUCGGUGUAAUUCAACACCCCUGUUUAAUUGUUCCUUGUUAAUUGAUCCCCCUACUGCUGCUGUUAGCAUCUGUAGAAUUUGAUCCUAGGUUAGUUUCUUUUGCUUCCUUCUUCUUGUGCCCAUGUUGGUGUUUCGUUCUUGCUCCCUCCUCUUGUUUUGGUGGGGUGGGGAGUAGGAGGGGGCAUGAAAUGGAGAUGGAGAUGUCACCCUCAAUUUGCGUAACAAGUGUGGCUAAUAAACGGGAUGACCCUCUCCUGUCUUGCCAUAUCUGUGGUUCUUGCUAAAUGAAUAGGCAGGAACUGGGGGGAAUUUCUUGUCCAUAUUAGGGUCAGCAGCAACAUGAACAGGGGAGAUUGUGUUUUGUGUUAACCAUUAAGGCAUUUUUUGUAACCAUUUUGAUGUGUGCAAAUACUUUCAUAGGUAAUUGUAUAAUGCUUGCC